AUGGCGACUUUCCAGAGUUUAUCCGACGAGAUCCUCCUCCUUGAAGUUCAGCGUUUCAUUCCCCACGCAGCCCUUCUGAAGAUAGCCACAGUGUGUAUGAGUCUGAAUCGCUGCAGCACUCCGGAAAUUUACCGGUACGUCCAUUACCAUGAGCCCUGGAAUCUCAUAUCUUCCAACAGGAUGGGGAGAUAUGCUCAAGUGUACGGCUGGUACGCCGACAAGUCUCGACCCAACACCAAGAUCCACUCCCUCCAGCUAUUCCUGAGAACUAUCUCCAGUUCAGAAGAAUUACGGAGACAUGUGUUUGGUGCCAGCUUUUACUGUAACGCAGUGGAUGAAGAUGAAAUCACCGCGAAGGUAGUUAGGGUGUUGAGCGGUUCUGCUCACUUCCCACCCAUCCAUCUUGCCCCAUAUGGGCCUCUUGAUGCUAGCACGAUAAUGCCGGUUCUGAAUACUGUGACCUCGCUAGAAAUCCGAUUCGAUCACUUACAACCAGCUCUGGAGAGUGAAUCCAUACCGAUGGAUACUUGUUACGACGUUUUCUGUCUGCCGAACCUUCGAUCGUUAGCGAUUAUCCACGUUCGGUCAUGGACUCCCCAGUCUUCAAAGGAGACCUCGUCGAAUACAGAAAAGUCUAUGUCGAGAGUCAAAACCUCAAAGGUCACUUGCCUAUCCUUCUUUGCAACAAUCCCGCCAGGUCCGGAUUUUGACCAGAUACUGUCGUGGCCAAACGCGCUAAAGUCUCUUCACUACGAGCUAAGCACAGAUGAUCAUCACAGCUUCGGACUCGACUCGCCCACUCUAUCACCUGUGGAUUUCAGCACAGCACUCUUGUCUCAAAUGACGAGUCUCGAAGAACCUGUCAUCUAUGGCGACUGUCAAGGAGAUAACAAGGGGUAUAUGCCGGCAGAAGUCUUUGAUCUACGACUUUUCCCCAAUAUCCGCGUCGCCGGUCUGGGCCUAGGAUUCUUGAUGGUGUCGAAGCUAGAUGCAGAGUGUGCGGACGGCGUUGUCGGCGAUUUGAAAUGA